AUGUCAGAAGAAACAAUAAUGUCUAUGAAAAAUCAGGCAAUUAAAAUUGAACCACCAGAAUAUUUAGUACAAGAAAUUGAUGAUAAACAUGAAUUUCUUGAUAUGAAAUCUGAAUCGUAUUUUGAGAAUGAUGAAACAUGUUUAGAAAGAUUCAUGAUAUCCGAAGUGACUAUAGAAGAAGGAGUCAAACAGGAGUCAAUCGAGACAGCCACUUAUGAAGCAGAUAAUUUAAAAGAGCAUAUGGUCAAGCCUAGUCAUAGCGAAGAACGCCCUUUCAAAUGUGAAAUCUGUCAUAAAACCUUCAAACGAUCAAGUCAUCUCAAAAGCCACAUGCUGAUGCACAGUGGAGUACGCCUCCAUGAAUGCAAUACAUGCAAUAAGACAUUCACACAAUCUUUCACUCUAAAAAGACACAUGCUGGUGCACAACGAAGUACGCUCCCUUGAAUGCAACAUUUGUAAUAAGACAUUCAAAAAUUAG